AUUAGGCCGUUGGGUGUUUGCGUACGGACGCAAACGGUAACAGUAGAGGUGCCUUUGCUGACCAAAGUGGCGUUUCUUCUCCGUUCUAAAAAAGCUUCGCCUAACGCGUCUGUGGACCUAUGAGCCUUGGUGGUGUUUCUUGUGGUGUUCUAUUCGUGAACACGCGACUUCAUCUAAGCUCUAGGACCAUGGGGUGGAAAAAGGAGACCCCGUUUCAAUCCUCGAGAGGUUCUUUUGCCUACAAUUCUUCCCAUUUCCUACCAGCACGAACGCCAAGAAGUAAAUAAUAGCUCGGACGUCGGUCGUCCAGCUGCUUAUUCAUGUCCGUUUGCGUGUCACCCGAGUCACACUCACACACAGCUACACAUUUCGUCCUGAAUUCGAUGGCGGAGGAACGUGGGACGGGGAGGACAGGUGAGGCAAUGAUUGACUUCACACGUUUGCUCCCUUUGCUAUGUGCACCGCUCUCCACCGACCAGGGGAGAGCAUUGGUCAAGCCUUGAAGGUGGAGAAGGACCGGAGGUGGUCGAAUUGGUCGUUUGCGGUCAAGCUGGGUCCUCACCAGCGUCGAACGUCCACAGUCCAGCAAGGCUCAGUUGCUGUUUGGUCGUGGUCGGGUUCGGUCGCAGUCGCGGUUAACCACCACCGCUACCAUCUCACUCCAAUGGCACUGUGUGAGUGAGCCUCUAAUAGUGGGUUGCGCUAGAGGCGCUAGUGUCCUUUUAGCUGGUACAACAUUCAGUGGCUUUUGGUAGCAGGGUGAUUGAUUUUAGUGAAUGUAACGUGGGGCAAAUCGCCUCCAAUUAAGCUUGGUGAAAGUGAUUUUUUAAAGGUUACUGAGAAGAGAGAAGGCCGAAGUAAGCAGGGGUUAAGGGAGGGGGGACCGUUUGGUGGGUUUGUUUCGAAAGUUCCGUGUUCCCUGGAUGCUGGUACAGUACGGUGGUGCAACCGGAACACGCAGCCACGGGGUCAGCAGCACCAGCAGUGCGAUGAACGAGUACCAUCACGGCGGUUACCAUCCGUCGCACGGGUACGCACCGCAGCCGUACGAACCGCCGACCCACGGGCACGUCGGCACCGGUAAUAAUCUGCUCGAGGCGGCACUUGGCGGCCGCCAAGGUCCGACCGGCGGCAGCACAGGUAGCACUGUUCCACACCACAACCCUUCUAACGCAAGCACGUACAAAAUGUCUCGUACCGUUUCCAACUCGCACCCGGCCCUGGAACGGUCCGACGUACAUGUGGAAUACGAAGUCGCCGUCCCGAUACACAGCAUCGAGUCGAUCCGGCACACGCCGUACCAUUCGCUAUGGAAUCUGCACGAGUGCUCCGCACCGUCCACAUCCGGCUUCCAGCAUAUGGCCCGCAUGAUGGACACGCUGAUUCUGGACAAUUUGGCACCCUUUGCGUUCACGAAAAUCACCACCACGCACCGCCCAACGAGGAUCAGCGGUGGUGGUGGAACUGGCGGCGGUGGCAGCAGCGGCAGUGGUGGCAGCGGCGGCUCGGGCAGUAAUGGCGUGCCCGGUGGUGGUGGUGGCGGAGGCGUUGGGCUGCUCGAGACCCGCAACGGACCGAUGGGCGGCAUGGGCCAGGAGGGGAUCCUGCGCGGCGGCCCGGGCGGGCUCGGCAGCGGGGGCAGCAUGGGCGUCAAGAAGGCAACCAGCACGAGCAACGUCAGCAAUCUGAUCGGUGCCGGUACGGUCAGCACGUCCACGAUUCGGGUGAACCUGCAGAAGAACAAAAUACCGACACAAGGUCAGUGCGGUCCGCUACCUGGUGAGGUCCACCCGAACCCGCGCCAUGCUAGCCUCGCCUCGAACGCAGCAUCGCCCCCGACGGCGACCGAUUCGCGCUGGAUCUCGUCGCUGCGGCGCCGCGAUCCGGAGCUGCAACCGACACUGCCCUCGAUCAAUCACUCCAACCACCACAGUACCUCCUCGCUGACGCAGCAGCACAGCAUCGGCUACACCAGCUCCUCCAACACGCCGAACACGGACCGGCGCAGCAGCCGGACGAGCGGCCAGAAGUCGUCCCUGCGCAAGAGCCGCUCGGUCGAGCGCAUACGAGCCCGCAAGCUGGCCACCUCGAAGGUGAAGGAGCGGCCGAAGAAGUCCUCCUCCGAGGAGGGGGGCGCGUCCGACGACCAGGAGGUGACCUCGGUGGAGGAAAACUCGCCCCAGCAGCAGCACUCGCCGGUCAAGCGGCUCGAGAAGCAGAAGCUGUUCAGCCCGAUCGGGUACGAGCCGCACCUGAUCGACACGCUCGAGAAGGACAUGCUGCAGAAGAACCCGAACGUCCAGUGGAACGACGUGGCCGGGCUGAACGAGGCGAAGGCGAUCCUGCAGGAGGCGGUCGUGCUGCCGGUGAUACUGCCCGACUUCUUCCGCGGCAUCCGGCGCCCGUGGAAGGGUGUGCUGAUGGUGGGCCCGCCCGGCACCGGCAAAACGAUGCUGGCCAAGGCGGUCGCGACCGAGUGCGGCACCACGUUCUUCAACGUGUCGUCCAGCACGCUCACGUCCAAGUAUCGCGGCGAGAGCGAGAAGCUCGUCCGGCUGCUGUUCGAGAUGGCCCGGUUCUACGCGCCGAGCACGAUCUUUAUCGACGAGAUCGAUUCACUGUGUGCCUGCCGGGGUAGCGACUCGGAGCAUGAGGCUAGCCGGCGCUUCAAGGCGGAGCUGCUCAUCCAGAUGGAUGGGUUGAAUGCGGCCAACGAUGAUAAGGUGAUCAUGGUGCUGGCCGCUACCAACCAUCCCUGGGACAUCGAUGAAGCCUUCCGGCGCCGGUUCGAGAAGCGCGUCUACAUUGGUCUUCCGAACGACAACACCCGCAAGGCGCUGCUGGAGCUCUGCCUGAAGGGCGUGAACAUUUCGCCGGACUUGAACACGGACACCAUCACGGAGCAGCUGAACGGGUACACCGGCUCCGACAUUGCGAACGUGUGUCGCGAUGCAGCAAUGAUGGCGAUGCGACGGCACAUCAACGGUUUAAGCCCGUCCGAGAUCAAGAUGAUACGGCGGGAGGAGGUCGACCUACCGGUCACGGCGCAGGACUUCCAGGACGCGAUGGUCAAGACGCGCAAAUCCGUCUCGGCGAACGAUGUCGCCCGCUACGAAACGUGGAUGGACGAGUACGGAUCGUGCUAGUGCUACGUGUAGCAACGGCAAAGGGCCUUAACGUGUUUACGCUACUACGGAUCAGGGCGCCGUAGUAGGGCAGACGGCAUAAACCUCCAAUUCGACCACUCUCUCCCUCGUCUCCUACUAGUGUUUUGUAGCUAAGCAAAUUAACGACGGUAUCGGAAGAGGAAACGCGUACCUAGUGAAGCACGUGUAAUCGGGUAUCGAGAUCAAUCUUUCGUUUCGGUUUUCGGUUACACUCUAUGUUUCGUUCUAAAUCCCAACAGCGUUUGAUGUUGUUUUGGUGGAUCCGUUUACCCUUCAUUACUAAUAACCCAAUAAAUCGCUCAUGUUAAUCACUAA